AUGUCAACUGCGGGUUGCAUGUAUCCGACAAAGUUUCUCAAAGGACUGAAACAGGGGGAAGAUUUGUUCCAUGCGGGAGAUGUCAACUGCGGUAUCUAUGCAGCCGAAAGCUGCUCUAAGCAGCAGGGAUUGUGCAUCUCAGCCAAUCAGAGUUCUUCUGGGUGUGAGAUGUCAACUGCGGUAUUCCGCCAAUUAGAUCUCUUCCCCAGGCGAGAUGUCAACUGCGGUAUCCAUGUAUCCGACCAGCAGCUUAGUAUUCAGGGUGUGCAUCUCUACCAAUCAUGUUCAAUGUACAGAGGAGAUGUCAACUGCGGCAAGCAUACAUCCAACAGAGUUACUCUCAAGCUAGACCCUGCACUUCACCACCAAUCAGAUUUCUUCUAUAUCCUGGAUGACCUCCUGCACAGAGGAGAUGUCAAUUGCGGUAUCCAUGUAUCCGAUCAGUCUGUCCCAGAGCUGCAGGACCUGCACCAAUCAUCUUGGGGGUAUGGAGGAGAUGUUAACUGCGGUAUGCAUACACUCGAUGGCCUUGUACACGAGCUGUACUUGCCCAAUCACACUGAUUCAAUAUCUGGGAUAUGA